CUACAUAUACUUAUAAUUUCAUCAACCAAAUAUUAUUGGUUUAAGAUUUAUUAUUUAUAACCACGUCCAUGAUCAUGUCCUCCAAGAAAACCUUCUUCAUCACCAACCCCCUCCAACUUUUCAAGAGAACUAAUUAUAGUACAAUGGUUGCGUCAGAGAGCUUGAAAGGGCAAUUAUUGCCCACCACUGCGAAGUCCUCAUCAUCAGUGUCGAUCGGAAAAAUGGCGGAGCAGCUAGCGAGGUUGAGCGGCACCGAGGGAGAGAAAAUGUCGGAGGGGCCGAUUUUCUGGAUGAGAGAUCCAAGGAGUGGAAACUGGAUCCCUGAAACUCAUCAUUUUGAUGAAAUGGAUAGUGUUGAUCUUAGGGAUAAGCUUCUUCCCCGCAAGAGGCCCCAAUAACUUAGAUGGAACCAACGCUUUUGAGCCAUAAUAAAUUAAGAUUUCAAAAUGAAACUCAAUAACUAUGUGUUUUCUAAGAUUAAUCUCUUAUAUAAAUUAAUCAUCGAGAUGAUACUCGAUGAUUGGGAAUAAUACAUAGUUUAGUCCCCGAAUAAUGGUCGUCAAACGACAUUAAAACUUAUACUAAUUUUUUAAAAUUGUCCUUUUUAAUUAGAUUUUUUUUCAAAUUGACCUAUUUUCGAAAUAUAAACUUAUUGAAUACGUAAAAAUUCAAACUUUAUAAAAUGAUAAUGUAAUAAAUAAAAAUAUAGAUAUAACUUUAUCAAGGACCAUUUUGGAAAAUUAUAAAUAUAUAUUGAAAAUGGACCGAUUUGAGAAAACACCUGAUUAGAAAUAACUAUUUUGAGAAAUUAGAAUAAGUUUUAACGUCAUUCUGAUGCUGUUGUGGCGAUCGUUAGUCGAGGGACAAAACUGAGCACUAACGACUACCAUAGUUAUUGAGUGUCAUUUGGAAAUUUAAUCACAAAUUAAUAUUAUUCUCUCUGUCCCAAAAAAGUCAUAUCAAUGACAUUUUUGGUUUAUAAUAUUUGAUCGAAGUUGUUUUCAAGUUUAAUAUAUUUAAAAAUUAGUG